AACGCAUGAUUAGGGGAGGGUAGGGCUCGGUUCUUAAUGUCGGGCUAGGUCACCAUAGAUUCAGUUUGUUGAAAAAGGGCUUUGUAAUUUUGGGUCAUUUAAUCCGUGGAUGCCAUUCAAACUGUCGGAUCAAGGUCCAUGUUGGAUCCAAUUAUACCAACUUAAACGACGCCCCACCGCUGAUUUUCUUGUUGGAACACACGUGGACGAUUAGGAUGCGGAUAUAGGUUAUUGAAAGAAAGCUUCACGAGGUUCAGUUUAGAGGGUAGGUGAAAAUCUGAAAAACGCGUGUUUAACAACCAAACGCCAAAAUUCUUUGAAGAAUGAGAAGAGCCUGGGGUUUUCUUUGUCUUCUUAAAGCGAUUUCGUAACUGUUGUUACAAAUGAGGGUUAGAAGUUACAGUUACAGUCCCUCACCACCAAGGGAUUACAGUAGAGGCGUCGCAGCCCUAGCCCUAGGGGUCACUAUGGAGGUCAUGGUAGAGAUCUUCCCACCAGUCUUCUGGUUCGCAGCCUUCGCCAUGACUGCAGGUUUAUUGCAAAUGAGGGGUAGAAGUUACAGUUACAGUCCCUCACCACCAAGGGAUUACAUUAGGAGGCGUCGCAGCCCUAGCCCUAGGGGUCACUAUGGAGGUCAUGACCAGAAGAUCUCCAUGGACCUUUUGGGCAGUUUGGUUCAAGGAUAUCUACCUGCCUCAAGAUUAUUAUAACGGGGAACCACGUGGUUUUGGAUUUGUCCAGCAUCUAGAUCCUGCUGGUACUGCUGAUGCAAAAUAUCAUGUGGAUGGUUAUGUUCUUCUUUGCCGAGAACUUACUGUUGUAUUUGCUGAGGAAAACAGGAAGAAGCCAUCAGAAAUGAGGGCAAGACAACACAGAAGGAGUUGGGCAUAUAGGCGCUCCCCACUUCAUUAUCUCGAUCACCAUAAUAUGCUUGAAGUUACUGCUGCAGUCCACAGUAUUAUUCUCCUCCUAGGCAAAGACAUUACUAAAGGUCAAUUUCACCCAGUGAUAGAAGAUACAGAGGGCGUUCGUACUCAAGGUCACCCUAUGGCUCAAGGAGACCAAGCCAGAGCUUUAGUAGGAGGAGGAGCUGAAGUCUGGACUAAUCUAGGUGACUGAUUUGAAGGUGUCUGGGUUAGUAUGCGUGGGACAUAUUUCUAUGCUAGUUCUCUGGAUAAUUAGUUUAGAUAUGCUUCAGCAAUGUAUGACUGACCACAAAGUUUAUUUAGUUUCUACUGCUGAUUAUGGGUAGUAAUAAUGUUAACACAUAGACACGCUAUUUUGAAUCCUCUAUGUUGACAAGAUUGCCAUCCUUAAAUGAUCUUUAUGAACAUUUUUUAUUCCAUUUUUUUGCAUGAAUUAGUAGAUGCUUGUUUGUGAAUUGUGAUGGAACUCCUCCCCUGAUUUGGUCUAAUAUGUGAUACACAGUUGAUCUUUUUUAUUGUUCUUUGUCAUAGAUUUUGUUGCCACAUUCAAGAACUUGAUAAUUAUUGUCACAUAAGGGUUAAAGAGACUGGUUGUUAAAGGGUUAGGAUAGAAUAUGCCUAUUUCCAUAUAUAUAUAUAUAUAUAUAUAUAUAUAUGUGACUACUCUUUCUUUCGUUGUUGUUGUUCCAAAGUCAGUCUGCGCUAAUAUGUUGAUGUUGUUAAUUGAUUAAAGAGUUGAUAGCUUCAUGCCAAUGUUGUUAACUGCUG